AUGGCCAGCAUGCUGUCCAACGGCCCGUGGGCCGGUGCCUUCGGGCACGAGGAGAAGAUCAAGAAGACCGACGAAGAAGGCGAGUCGUUGACGACGAUACUGCACACGCGCGAAGACCGAAGCGCACUCACCAUCCUCGUCGCCGACUGCACGGAAGUGAUGCGACAGUCGCUCGUGGACAUCUUCGACGCCAAGCAGACGGGCAAGAAGGCGGACAUGGUAUCAGACCUCACAGGCGACCAAGCGUUGCUCAACCCGGAUGUUAAGCCGGGCACGGUCGACGUAGCGCAGCAGGAUAAGCUCAAGAGGGAGCUGGCGGCGCGUGAGAAAGAACUCGGGGCGCCGAAGAUGCAGGAGCUCAAGACGGCAGCACUGAAGCACUUUGACGAGUGGAGAGCGUCCGUCAUCCAGCGUGUGGGCGAGAUUGUGAACUCGAAGGAGACGGCCGAGCACCAUACACACCAUGCCCAACCUCAGCAGGCUACGCCAGAACGUGCGGGAAGUCCAAUGCGUUACCCGGACCCGCCCAAGUACGAUCCCGGCGUGGACGAGAUGAUGGAGAAACUGUACCCACCCAUCAACAACUCGCUCAAGAAACUCCCACAAGAGCAACGAGCGCUGAUCCUGCAUUCACUCUUGCUUCUGUUGCUGAGUCUGGAGCACUACCAGGCCUACUCCCGAACACUCCUACUCUACCUCACCACAAGCUUGGCCCUGAGCAUCUCAAUCUUGGCGCAAGACGAAAGCAAAGUCGCUCGAGGCCUACUGGCGGCCGCAGAGAACAUGAAGGCAGAUGAGGAGACUAAGAAGGCCGCCGAGCAGAACCAGGACAGCCGGAAGUGGAAAGUAGGACUGGCUACUGUGGCCGGCGCGGCGUUGAUUGGUGUCACGGGCGGUCUCGCCGCGCCAUUACUUGCAGCCGGCGUUGGCUCCGUGAUGGGAGGUCUCGGUCUUGGAGCGACGGCUGCUGCGGGCUAUCUUGGUUCAGUCGCCGGCAGCUCUGUAAUCGUAGGCGGACUCUUUGGCGCCUACGGUGGCCGCAUGACUGGGCAGAUGGUGGACCAGUACGCACGUGAGGUAGAGGACUUCGCGUUCGUCAGCGUCCGCGCGCGGCACAAGCCCCGUAAGAUCGAGAAGGAGUACCGGCGACUGCGCGUAGCAAUCGGCAUUAGUGGCUGGCUUACCGACAAAGAAGAAGUCGUGGCGCCGUGGAAGGUCAUUGGCACGGAAAUGGAGACGUUUGCGCUGAGGUUCGAACUGGAAGCUCUGAUGAACUUGGGCAACUCAAUGACUACCAUGGUCACGUCCGCUGCUUGGGGCUACGCGAAAAGCGAGAUCAUCAAGCGGACGGUCUUCGCUUCGCUUUCUGCUGGACUGUGGCCGUUGGGAUUGUUGAAGAUCUCGCGAAUCAUCGAUAACCCGUGGUCGGUGGCGAACUACCGCGCGCAGAAAGCUGGCGAGGUGCUUGCCGAUGCUUUGAUCAACAAAGCGCAAGGUGAGCGACCGAUCACGCUCAUCGGCUACUCCAUCGGCGCCAAAGUCAUCUUCACCUGCCUUCAGCGACUCGCCGAGCGUAAAGCCUUUGGCCUUGUGGAGUCCGCCGUGCUUAUCGGCGCACCCACACCCUCGACUUCUGCCGAUUGGAGACAGCUUCGCACCGUGGUGAGUGGCCGAGUCGUCAACGUUUAUAGCACGAAAGACUAUAUCCUCGCUUUCCUGUACCGGAGCAGCAGUCUGCAGCUUGGAGUCGCCGGGCUGCAGGCUAUCGAGAACGUCAAAGGGGUCGAAAGCGUCGAUGUCUCCGACAUGGUGUCGAACCACACAAGCUACCGCUUCCUCACUGGUAGCAUCCUGCACAAGGUCGGCUUCGAGGACAUCGACCGUGGCGAGCUGCAGAAGGAAGAGGAGGAAUUCAAGGCCGAAGAGGCGAAGGCGGAGCAAGAGCGGAAAGAGUCCGAAAAGAAGGAGGAGGCGCAAGCGGAGAACGCUCCUCCGACCGAACAGAUGAGCAAAACAAAACUCGACGAAGUGCCCGCCGCGGUCAAAGACGCCUUACCCUCCUCCACCUCAACCGCCACCGACGCAACCGACAUCUCGGAGCAACACAUCAAAGACCUGGAGACGGAAAUCGAGCGCAAGAACCAGCAAUCCUACAUCGGUUGGGCGCAGGAGUCAAUGAUGGUCGCCGGCACGAACGCGGCAGUGGCGUACGAGAAAGCCAAAAUGCAGUGGUCGCUGCGACGACAGGGUGCGGUCGGUCAGGCGGCGGCGGGCGCUGCGGGUCAGGCGGACGCGGCGACCAAGGAUGUGAAUCAGGCGGCCAAGGCGGCUGGGUUUGAUGCGCCGAGUGUGGGCGAUGUGGCGUACCAGGGUAUGAAGGCUCGGUCGGAUGCGAGGAAGGCGGGAGUGGAUGCGCCGGCGGGGCCGUGA